AAAACAAAUCCAACAAUUGACUCUCUAUCACUUUGCUCCCCCAUUUUUCUCCUCUUCUAAGCAUUUACUUUCCUAUAGCUAGCCAUGAACUCCCCUCAAAACCUUAGCUUCUUCUUUGACAACCAUCAAUUUCAAGACUCAUCUUCUUCAUCCAUGGAUUUUCUCAAUUUCUCAGGUUACCCGACACCCGAUUUCCACCUUGAAGCCAUGGAAGCAACGUCAAUCGACAAUAAUACCAUAGAUGGGUGGUGUGAAGCGAAGGGUGUGGAGAGAAAAAAAGAGAGAGGAGGUGGGUGCAAUAAUAGGGUUGCAUUUAUAACAAAGUCGGAAUUGGAAAUAUUGGAUGAUGGCUUCAAAUGGAGAAAGUAUGGCAAAAAAUCCGUCAAGAAUAGCCCUCAUUUCAGGAAUUACUACAAAUGCUCAAGUGGAGGGUGUGUUGUGAAAAAGAGAGUAGAAAGAGAUAGAGAUGAUUCAAGCUAUGUUAUAACAACAUAUGAAGGAGUUCACAACCAUGAGAGCCCUUUUUUGAUGUAUUGCAAUGAUCCAAUAUUAUUUCAUCCUCAUCAUCCCCUUUGCCCUAAUACCUCUUCUCCUCCCUACUCUUCUACUACUACCCAUUAAGUUUCACUUUCUCCAUUUUUUUCCUUAGAAGGGGGAAAAGAAAAUAUAUACAUUAUUCCAAUAAUGUUAAGUAAUGAUGUUGGAGGUGAUUCUAUGUUUAUAUAUUCUUUUUCUUUUUACUUAUCAUGUACUUAAUUAUAACAAUCUCUCUAUUUGUAUACUUUUAUAUUGUAUUAUUGGCUUAAAAAUAUACUUUAUGACUAUAUUAUAGCACCAAU